UAACGCUGUCUGAACAGCUUGCUUCUCUCACUCAGUGACUGCUCGGUUCCAGUCAUUAUUGAACUGGAAUACAUAUGGAUAACUGUAAUGGAUUGCUAACAUUUUACAAAAUGCUUAUGAUAAUUAUAAGCAAGAUCCACGUUUGAAGUAGAAGAACUCUAGUGAUGGCACUCUGAUCAGUCGACUGCUCGACUUCUUGCUCGAUUUGCGCUCGAUAGACUAUUUUAUACAUCUUUUAUUUUAGUUGAACUUUUUCAAAUGUCUUAUGCUAUUAAUCAAGUGUAAUUCUUCCUUAUGGUAGGAACCUGGCAAUAAUGGUAUUGCUAAAUGCAGCCUUAUUAUAAAUUAAGAUUGAAGAAGAUUUUCUUUUUAAUGUCUUCAAUAUUGAACAACAUUUGCCUGUGAUUACGUUUGAAAUAAUGGGCAACUUUCUGAUGUGGAACUUGCAAAUAUUGCUCCUGUGCUGGACUUUGGUUGAAGCCCAGGUGGGGCCAGAUGGAGCGCUGACAGCCCAGGAACAGAUGUAUAUCCUUUAUGACAUCAAGCUCCAGUGCCACCAGAACCUCUCCACCCAUGACCCUGCAGAUGACCUGUGCCCCCCAGGAUGGGACGGCCUGAUCUGCUGGCCUCAGGGCUUUUCUGGAGCUGUCAGCAAGGUCCCCUGUCCUAUCUAUGUCUACGACUUCAACCACAAAGGACACGCCUACAGGAAGUGUGAUGUGAAUGGGUCCUGGGUAUUUGUGGAGAGCUGGAACAGGACAUGGGCCAACUACUCUGAGUGUCUGCAAUUCCUGCAGCCAAACAGCAAGGAAGAGAAACAGGAGUUCUUUGAGCGUCUGUAUGUGAUGUACACUGUGGGCUAUGCUGUGUCCUUCAGCUCUCUACUUGUGGCCAUCUUCAUCAUUGGAUACUUCAGACGUCUUCACUGUACAAGGAAUUACAUCCACAUGCACCUGUUUGUGUCCUUUAUGCUACGAGCGGUGAGCAUCUUUGUCAAAGACAGGGUGGUCCAUAAGAGUGCUGGCCUACAAGAGUUUGACGCUGCACUUAUGGAUAACCUCAAAUCAGUCUCCAUGGCACCACUGGACAACUCUCAGUAUAUUGGGUGUAAGGUCACAGUGUUUUUGUUUAUCUACUUCCUGGCGACCAACUACUACUGGAUCCUGGUGGAGGGCCUCUACCUCCACAGCCUAAUCUUCAUGGCCUUUCUCUCGGACACCAAGUACCUGUGGGGCUUCACCCUCAUUGGCUGGGGUGUUCCUGCUCUGUUUGUAGCCGCAUGGGCGGUUGUCCGGGCAACGCUGGCAGAUGCACGGUGUUGGGAGUUAAGUGCUGGGAACAUUAAGUGGAUUUACCAGGUCCCCAUUUUGACAGCCAUCGGGUUGAACUUUAUCCUGUUUGUAAACAUUGUGCGAGUGCUGGCUACAAAGAUCAGGGAAACCAACGCAGGCAGAUAUGACACAAGGAAACAAUACAGGAAGCUUGCCAAGUCCACGCUGGUGCUGGUGCUGGUGUUUGGGGUCCACUACAUCGUGUUUGUGGGGAUGCCCCACACUUUUGAGGGCCUGAGCUGGGAAGUCAGAAUGUACUUUGAGCUAUUCUUCAACUCCUUCCAGGGUUUCUUUGUGUCCAUCAUCUACUGCUACUGCAAUGGAGAGGUCCAGACAGAGAUCAAGAAGACCUGGACGCGCUGGAACCUGGCGUUUGACUGGAAGGGUCCUGUGGUCUGUGGCAGCUACCGCUACGGCUCCGUCCUCACCGGCCUCAACAACAACAGCACCAGCAGCCAAUCCCAGCUGGCCGGUGGCGGCCCGCCCACCCGUUCCUCCACCCUCUUCUCCAGCCGGGUGUACCGCAGCAGUGGGCCCCCGACGCUGAGCACUCACGCCUCCCUGCCUGGCUACGUUCUCAGCAACUCGGACCCGGACAGCCUCCACCCCUCCAUCCCGGAGGAGCCGGAAGACUGCGAGGCCAAGCAGGUGGACGACAUCUCCCUGAAGGAGUCCCUCCCCGUCCUCAACAGCAGCACCACAGCAGACGACGAUGAGGAGACGCUUUAGAUACAUACACACACACACACACACACAUAGAAAAGGGAUACACAAGUACACAUUCCCGUGUUUACACACACAAAUACACACAAACAAACACACAUCCACAGGCACACAUUACAUUCCAUGCCUAUGUAUUUAUUU